AACAGAUGCAAUUAAUUUUAUUCGGACAUCGCACUCUGAGGCGGUUAUUUUGUGACAAAGUAAAUAUAGAUAAACUGUUAAAGGUCACAACAAGCUUGUCACAUUUGCAAGAAUAUAAGGAAUAUACUCAUGGCGUUAAUAAGAUAGUUCCGCUAUUUAAAAUUGGAUUAUUGUACGCUGAUAAUAUUUGUUUAAAGGAUUUUGCUGGUCAAUACACCUAUCUGCAAUUGUAUAAUAACUCCAAGAUACUAUCAAGACAAAUAUCCAAUAUAUGUGGCAGUGGAUCCUCUUCAACGAUAGCAUUUUUUAGUUCCAAUGAUGUUUUGACGGUUUUAAUUCUAUGGUCCAUUUGGAUGUCAGGACAAACAGCUAUGGCACUGAAACGUGAUCAAACCUAUCCUGCACUUGAUAAUUUAGUCAAAAGAAAUAAAACAAGGCUUUUAAUAUCUUCUGAUAAAUAUGAAAAUUGUAGUCGUAAUCUAGCUUUUGAAAAUAGUAUCGCAUUGUUAAAAAUAGAUCACAAGUUUCUCAAUAUGGAUCAAGCUAACAAUGAUUUAAAACCUGAAAUUGUCAUGGCUACACAGAAGAAUACGUUUUUAGAAGGAGUUCUUUUUAAUGAGUUCUACAACUCCUCGGGAGCUCUGUAUAUAUGUACCAAUGAAAAUGAUGAAAUUCCUAAGAUUAUUUUACUGAGUCACAAAGAAUUGAACACUCAUAUAAGAAAAACAGUGCAAACGUGGAAUAUAUGUGAAACCGAUAGAAUUCUUUCUAUUUCUCCAUUAUUCCAUAGAUAUAAUGAUGAAUACAUCUAUAACAUGUUAUUCCCCUUAAGUGUGGGCAGUCACGUAUUUCUAUUUGAACCAUUCGACGCCAAGUCUGCUUGGCGCACUAUAUUGGGGAUAAAUAUACCUUUAAAGGAACGCGUCAAUAUAUUAAUUGCUGAACCGAAAGUUUACCAACUGCUAAUUCAAGAAUAUGAUAAAAUGUUUGUAGGAGACAAUCGAAUGAUGGAGUAUAUAAAGGAUUAUUGUUUGCGUAAUAUUCGUCUAAUGAUAUAUUGUUUUUUACCCUUGAAUCCUUCAAUAUUUUCAGCAUGGUUGAAGAUCACAGGACACUCUCUACUUGAAACUGACUUCCGAAUUGAUUAUUUAAAUUCAAAACCAUGCGGAGGAGAUAUUCAUGAUAAUAAAGAUAUAAGGUUGCGUAUAGUUGAUGCAAAUAAAAAUGUUUUGUUGGAACUAGAUGACAUUCAAAUGGAAAGGCUUCAAACUUCGCAUAGAGUAGUAGUAGGACGUCUCAUGAUAACAUUUAAUCAUGAAACUUUCUGCAGCACUGGUGAAAUAGUAUCCUACUGCAAUGGAGUUUUAAAAAAAAUUGGCCGUUAUCACUGUUCAAAUUGAUUGAUUUGCAAUCAAGUGCACUUUUAUAAUUUUAUUUGUCUACAUUUUCUGAUUAUAAAAAUGACUAAUUGUCUGAUAAUAGGGGAACGAACGAAAAACAAAAAAUGACUAACUAUCGAAUGAGUCACCAACUCUCACUUACACACAUAUUUAUCUCUCUUUUUAAGAGAACCAAAUUUUAGAAAUAAAAAAAAAAAUUCGCAAAUUAUAAAGGGUAAUUUUUAGUGUUUUUUUUUUUUUGUUUAAUUUUUAUUAUUAUUUAUAAAAAGCUGAAAUUCAAUGUUUCAUUAUUUCUGCUUCAAAAUACAAAUAUUGUGUUGUGGUUGAUGUAAUUUUAUUGGAUUGGGUGGUAGAAUGGUGUUAAUAAAAAAGCAUUCAUCUUACUGACGGUCAGUGGCGCGCAAUUUUUCCUCGACCGCUUCGCGGGAAGCUUCAGAUAAAUCGGUAGCUUGUAUGUAUUUUUGGA